CUUAGUGCUUUCUGAUUUCUGGUCUCAUAAACAUGGUCAAAGGUUAAAAAUAAUCUUGAAAAAAUCUUAUGGUUUAACACAAUAUGCAACCAGCCAUAAAAAUAUCCUGAGUAGAUUUUAAAAAUAUAAAUAUUGCAUAAAUAAAUAAUGUCUCAAAGAUGGAGUGCAGAUUCAACUGUAGCAGAACACAGGGAUCUUCAGGCAUCUGCAAUGGCUGUAGAUUACACAGGAAACAUUGUUUUAUUAGCCGGAAGGCGCCACUUAGCUUUAAAAAGACUUGAUGAAAAUAACUAUACAUUAAAAAAAAUCCAACGGACUAGUAAAUAUGAAGUAGCUUCUGUUGAAUGGGCUCCAUCAGCUGUUUAUAAACACAUUUGUGCAAUAGCAUGCAAUCAACAAGUUGAAAUAGUUUCCUGGGAAAGCGGGGAACCAAAUACAACAAGCACUUUAAAAUCACAUACUCGAGUUAUAAGUGAUAUAAAUUGGCACAGACAUGAUCCAAAUCUUUUGGCCAGUUGUUCGGUAGAUACUUAUACACAUAUUUGGGAUAUUAGAGAUGGUAGAAGGCCAAUAUUAUCGAUGUCCUCAGUUUCUGGUGCAUCACAAGUUAGAUGGAAUAGAAUAUCUAAUCAUAUCUUGGCAACAUCACAUGAUGGAGAUAUUAAAUUGUGGGAUCAACGUAAAAGCACAAGCCCUGUUCAGUAUAUCACUGCCCAUUUAUCAAGAAUACAUGGCAUAGAUUGGAGUCCCAAUUCUGAUCACCAUUUGGCUACCUCAAGUCAAGAUGGUACCGUUAAAUUCUUUGAUAUUCACAAUACAAGAAGACCCGAUAAUGUAUUAAAUACUGCCGCUCCAGUUUGGAGAGCUCGAUAUACUCCAUUUGGCGAUGGGUUGGUAACUGUGGUGGUACCUCAAUUACGGAGGGGGGAAAAUUAUUUGCAACUGUGGAAUGUGACAAAUCAGUCAGCACCAGUUCAUACAUUUGUCGGUCAUACAGAUGUUGUGUUAGAGUUUUGUUGGCGACCUCAAGAUAGUAAUUCCACUUCUACAGACCAUGAACUUGUAACCUGGUCUCGUGAUCAGUCUCUUAGAGUUUGGAAAGUUGAUGCAUUUAUGCAGAAACUUUGUGGUCAUGAAGCUGAUGAAGAGCAUAUGGAUUUGGAAAAUGAAGAUGAUGCAUCAAACCAUUUAUGCAAUGGUCCAUCGCACCACACAAAUGUUGUAGAUCCAGUUGUUGCAGUGCCAUGCAAUUUACAACAAGAGCUAUCUUUAUUAGAUAAUCAAGUUUCUAAUAUAGAAAUGGAUGUGAUUGAUAUUACAAAGCGCACAUGCACUAUUACAAUCAAUGCCAAUAACCAUACAGUCGUGUUACAGAUAAGUUUUCCAAAUAAAUAUCCAUCACCUGGUUUUCCACCUGUAUUUCAUUUUGGUCUUGGAACUUCUUUGGAUAGCGUACAAUCAGUGACCUUAAUGCGAUUGUUGAAAGCUACUGCAAAUGACAGAACCAAAAAAGCCCGACCUUGCAUGGAAGCUUGUUUGAGACGGCUUGUCCUUGCUUUGGAGAGAUCCAACGACACAUUAGAAUCCCGGACGCGAUUCAAAAUUCCAAAACCGGAACCAGAGUUGUAUAUAGGGCUUCACGACGCGAGAGUUCCAUUUCCUAGAACUUCGGGAGCAAAAUGGGGUCAUAUUGGAUUCCUAGUUGUUUUUGGUAGACCACCAAAUGCUAGACGCCAAUCAAUUAAAAAUGAGAGUUAUACCCCAAGGUCCUUAUCAGCUCUCGGCGGUCCGCACGGAACUAUGGUUUAUAAUGGUAGACAUUCAAACAGAAGUACUUUAAGCAUAUCAUCAUUCUAUUUCCAAGAUCAUUUGAAAAAUUCUAAACGCACUAGAACUCGAACUAUAUCUGCUCCAGGAACAGGAGUAAUAUCAGUCAUUACUCCGAAACCAAUUAGGCAUAUGGUGACCGUUUAUGAUGCCAAUACGUUAUUCUUUAUUAAUAAGAGACUAGCCGAAUCUUAUAUUAUCAAAUCACGGAGCCUGGCAGCAAUGUGCGCGCAUAAUGCUGCCAUGGCUUUGGAAUGUGGCAGAACUGACUUGCAUAGAACUUGGACUUUGGCUGGACUAAUGGGUGAGGUACCUACGAGCAAUUCUGGUUAUGCUGAUUCUGAAGAUGAUGUUCCGUGGCCUUACCAUCCGUUUGGGAGUAGUAUGCUACAUUCUUUAAUAACCCAUUAUGCAAAAAUUGGCGACGUACAAACUGCAGCAAUGUUGUGUUGUGCGUUCGAUAAAUCUUCGGAAACUUCUAAAUGUUUCCGACAAAAUUCAGGAAGUAAAUCAGUCAAUCAUAGCCAUCUAGCUUCUGGGAAAUGGCUCAAGCCAGGUGGUUCACCUUAUCAUACAAUUCAUCCUAUAGACACAAAAGUGGAAGGUUGGAAUAUUCCAACUUUUAAACAACAUAGAAGUAAUUCUUGGAGUGAUUCGAUGGAUGAAUGUCGGAUUGAGAGCGAAAUAGUGAGACCUGUUACAAUGUUGAAUCAUAAACAUGUACAUUUAUAUGAUGAAUAUAAAAAAGCCUAUGCUGAAAUUUUAUAUAGAUGGAAGUUAUUGAUAACCAGAACUGAGAUAAUAAAGUCAACUUCAACGAAUUUAGAUAUUCAUCAUAGAGGUGUUGAAUUUUUAGCCGAGUGUAGCCUUUGCGGCAGGUCUGCAAGAGGUCCUCAAUGUCCAGUUUGCAGACGCACGGCUCUGCAUUGUUCUGUGUGCAGAUUGGCUGUUAAAGGUUCAACAAGCUGUUGCUUACAAUGUGGUCACGGAGGUCACACGAUUCAUUUACAAGAAUGGUUCAAAACACAAAUAAUUUGUCCAACGGGAUGCGGUUGUAACUGUUUGGAAGAAAGCAAUGAUAUAUUUGAUACAUGAUUAUAAUAUUUUUAUAUUUCAAAAUGACUAUAUAAGUGUGAUAAAUAAUAGAGCUAUAAUACUAUAAUAGGAAUAAUGUUAUGUACUGAAUUUAAAAAUAU